AUGAAAAAAAAGGAUCAAUGGUUAAAGAGAGGCAAAAAGCCCAAAGAUAUCUCCUUUAUUUUCGAUGAUUAUGAAGGUAUGAUGACCCUAAACGUUCAUCAUAAUGGUAAGUUCAUUUCAAACCCUAAAAAACAAUACGUAGAUGAAAAGGUUGAUUAUUUUGAUUUCAUUGACUUGGAAGUCUUUGGCAUGAGUGACAUGACUGAAAUUAUGAGGGAGGUACCUAAAACUGCUUUAGAUGAUGGGCUUAGGCCAUUACUUGCUGACAUGCAUGUUGCCAAUAUGAAAAAAUAUGUUCCUAAGUAUAAACAAAUUGAUGUUUAUGUUGAACAUAGUUCUGGGAUACCUCUUGACCACUUUGAUGAUGCCUUAGGUAGUGAAACAAUUAGGCAGAAACCAAUUAGGGAGAAUGUGGUUAAUUUAGAAGAUAGAGAACCAGUUAGAGACAAUGUGGUUGUGAGUGAAGAAGAAGAUGGUGAAGAAGAGAGUGAAAGUAGAUCAGAGUGGGAUGACAGUGAGGAUGGUGACUUUGAACCAGAUAAAGAGAAUGAUAUAGGGGAUGAUGAGGACAGUGAACAUGUUAAUGAACCAGUUUGGGAGAAUGUGAGAGAUGAGGGCAGUUUACAACUUGAGAAGGAACCACCAAAAGAUGUGGAAGUAAAUAUGAAACAUUUUGAGUUUAGGUUUGAACCAGAAGUUGGAGAAGGUGUACAAGGUAAUGAAGAUGUACAAGGUAAUGAAGGUGUGCAAGGUGUACAAGGCCAGGAAGCUGUGCAAGGUCUUCAAGAUCAAGAACUUACACCACAUAUAGAAUUGAAUGAAGAGGUUUUGGGGAUUGACUUUGAUGAUUUUGAUAGUGGCCCUGACGAUGACACCCUAGAAGGAUUGAGGAAGAAGAAAUUAAAGUAG